UGACGUGUUUCCAUCAUAGACCCAACAAUACGCAACCCAUUAAUUAAAUAGUCUUCUCUUCCUCUGUCAUUGAAAACUUUUCAAAACCAGCAAACCAGUUUCAGUUUGAGGUCGGACGGGCGGUGUAUAAUCAUGGGCAGUGAAUUGGAUGGGUUUAAGUUUGAGCAGAGACACGGUAAGGACAGAGUUAGGGUGACUAGAGUUUGGAGAAGAAACGAUGGUAAUCAUUUCAUGGUGGAGUGGAGUGUUAGUAUCAGCCUCUUAUCUGAUUGCCUCAAUGCAUAUUCAAGAGAUGAUAACUCUAAUAUUGUUGCUACUGAUACCAUGAAGAACACGGUAUAUGUGAAAGCAAAGGAAUGUACAGAACAACUUUCUGCAGAAAACUUUGCAAUUUUGCUGGCUCAGCACUUCACUUCAUUUUACAAGGAGGUAACUACUGCUAUCAUAAAGAUAGUAGAGAAGCCUUGGGAGCGUGUAAGCAUAGAUGACCAAUUGCAUACACAUGGUUUUAAACUUGGAUCUGAGAAGCACACAGCAGAGGUGACACUAACGAAGUCUGGAGACUUACAGCUGACCUCUGGCAUUGUGGGACUGUCUGUACUGAAGACAACCAAGUCAGGCUUUGAAGGGUUUAUAAGGGAUAAAUAUACGGCUUUGCCUGAAACACGAGAGAGGAUGCUGGCAACAGAAGUCACUGCAUCAUGGAGGUAUUUGUAUAGAUCAGUCUCUACCAUCCCUCAGAAUCCACUUUACUUUACAGAGAAAUAUUUGGAUGUGAAAAAAGUUUUGAGCAACACUUUCUUUGGUCAUCCUAAGGAGGGAGUUUACAGCGCAUCUGUUCAGUGCACUCUUUUUCACAUGACAAAGGCUGUACUCAACAGGUUUCCUGACAUAUCUUCAGUCCAAUUGAAAAUGCCAAAUCUCCACUUUUUACCUGUUAACAUAUCAAGCAAGGAUCACAAUAUUGUAAAGUUCAAUGAUGAUGUAUAUUUACCAACAGAUGAGCCACAUGGAUCAAUAGAAGCAACUUUGAGCCGUUUCUGGUCAAAGAUGUAGAACAUAUGUCAUGAAACAUAGAACAAUACUGUACUGUUACUAUAGUGAUGAUCUUCCAGCUUCUAGUUUUUCUGAAAUAAUCCAGGGAGCUCUAUUUUCCCUCCUAACUUUAUGAAAUAAACCAGGGAUCCUAUUUCCCCUUGUCUAAAAAUGUUGCAUCUAUGUAUAAUGGUCAUUUCCAUGAAAAUGUGUAUCUUGACUUGGAGGAUGGUCAUUCCUUCUUAUUUAAAUAAUAUCCCACUGUAAAACUUUCCAUUUGACA